UAUCAGCAGAAAAUAACUGUUUCAUCAUUAGCAUUUCUAUGUCUUCAACAAAUGCUAAAUAGAGAACCAAAUAUAUAAAUAACUCAUUAUGAGUUUACAUAAAGCAAGGAUAAAAGCUUUUGAGGAUAUUCUGGGAAAGGAUGUUGUUGACUUUGACCAACUCCAGAAACUUGCAUUUAAUGGUAUCCCUGAUGAAAAAGGUCUUCGUUCCGUUGUAUGGAAAAUUUUACUACAUUAUAUACCCCAUGAAAAGGAUGCCCGUGAGUCAACUUUAAAAAAGAAGCGUCAACUUUAUUUGCAAUUUAUAGAUGAAAUCAUAGUUACACCAGGUGGAGAUGCUGACCAUCCUCUUAAUAUAAGCCCAGACAGUUCAUGGAGUACUUAUUUCAAAGAUAAUGAAGUUCUUCUUCAGAUCGAUAAGGAUGUAAGAAGAUUAUGCCCUGAAAUCUCAUUUUUUCAAUCAGCUACAGAAUUUCCUUGUGAGAAGAUAGUUAAUAGCAAUGGCAUGAAACGACUUCACAAGCGUGUUGAGCAAUCUGUAUUGAAAUAUGCAACUCUCGAGCGGAGAGGCUUAGGUGUUGCAAAGCUGAGCAGCGAAAUCCGUCGUUCAGACAGCGUAACUAGUGGAGAUUAUGUGCCCUUAAACGAAGGCUGCGAAGCGCAUUGGGAGGUAGUUGAAAGAAUGCUCUUCCUCUACGCCAAACUAAACCCCGGCCAGGGAUACGUGCAAGGCAUGAACGAAAUAAUUGGUCCCAUAUAUCAUACCUUUGCUAAUGACGCCGACAAACAAAACAGAGAGUAUGCUGAAGCCGAUUGUUUCUUUUGUUUCACAAAUCUUAUGUCUGAAAUCAGAGACUUUUUUAUACGUACACUGGAUGAGACUGAAAGUGGUAUCAAUUACAUGAUGAACAGGCUCGGCAGUUGUCUGCGAACUCACGAUCCCGCCGUGUGGGAUCGUCUGGAAUUACAAGAGUUACGCCCGCAAUAUUACAGUUUUAGAUGGCUAACGUUGUUGCUGUCUCAAGAGUUUUCUCUACCUGAUGUCGAAAGAAUUUGGGACUCGUUGUUUGCUGACGAGAACAGGUUCAACUUCCUUAUUUAUAUCUGCUGUGCCAUGAUCUUGUGAGUACUAUUUAUUAAUAUUUUAGUAAAAAGCCAUUUUAUAUUUGAGGCUGCAAUUAUGAAAUUAAAAAGAAUACGCAUAAGCAGACAACUAUCAUCUUAUUAGAACAGUUAUCGUUACAGUAUUAUAUUUAAGAUUUAAUAUCACUGUUUGUUUUCCCAAUAUAAAUAUUAAUAUACAAUGUGGAUAUUAAUAGGCUGUUUUAAGGCCUUUUUAAUAGUGCAGAGGCCUUCCCUAAGGAUGGAAUCAAAUAGAACCAAAUAAGAAGAAUUGGUCUU